AUGCUGAGCCGACUCUAUCUUCGAAAAGAUCACAGAAACCUGCUAGAAAGCCCACCUCAUCUUCGGAAACCUCCAACCUUAUCACCGCUAUUCUCCGACCGUUCGAACAUAGCGCACGCCUUGGAGUUGGCGCGCACGGGGUUUGAAGACGAAGGGAAAGGAAUCCCCAUCGGCACAUGCCUCGUCGAUAACAAGACGGGGAAAAUGCUGAGAGUCGGGUGGAGAAGGAGGGUACAGCUGGGUAGCGCUACAAAACAUGGCGAGAUCGACUUGCUCGAGAACAUCGACAGUUUGCCAGCCCGCGUGUACCGCAAAAGCACGCUCUACACGACGCUCUCAACAUGUACGAUGUGCACCGGCGCAUGCAUCCUGUACAGCAUCCCACGCGUCGUGAUUGGGGAGAACGACACGUUCCUCGGUGGCGAAGGCAUCCUAAAGCAGCACGACGUCGAGGUCGUCAAACUGGACAUGCAGGAUUGCAAGUUGCUCAUGAAGAGAUUCAUUGAAGAGUGUACAGAGGUGUGGUGGGAAGAUAUCGGGGAGACGGGCAAGGGGGCUGCAGAAUAAUGGUUCAACAUUUUCGGUACAGAGGAACGUUUCAGUGUGUCCGUCGAUUUCCUGUGAGCUCGUCAGCGAAAGUACAGAUGCCCUGCAUCUCGAGCCAAUUCCUGAGCUCCAAGCGGUGCUUGACCGUUUUGAUGCCUAGGCCAGCGCCGCCUCGGCUGGCUGGUCGAUUCGCGAUGCUGACGAAUUCAUCAAGUGGUAUCGGCUCCAUCAACAGGAUUCGUCGCCAGAGCUGUGCGUCAUCCUGCACCGCUUGCUUUAGGUGUAAGGACUUCAAUGUGCCGCAGCCGAAAAGGGAGGAAGGAGUAGCGGAUAGGGCCGCGAUCGCUGCGGCAGACUCUUCCGCUUGUUCCGCUUCAUCUGCAGAUGAAGGAGAUGAGAUGAAGUCAUCGUCAUCCUCCGGGUCACCGGCAUCGCCUUCCACAGCGACCUUCCCUCUCCCCUUCCCCCUCGUAUGCUCCUUUGCCCUUGUCUUUUCUUUGGUC